AUGGUGUCUUCAACGUUGAUGUGUUUUUGCGCUCUGACUAGCAACUUUAUCAUGCUGGUGGGAGGUUCUUUUAAUAAGGAGAAUAAGAAUCUGGAGGUUUGGAGUCCUCAUAUGAAAGCGGUCAAAGCUACCUUGUCGUCUGUCUCUUCUAUCUGCAACAUCUCUGCGUUGAAUCGGGAGGUCGGGAACUCCGUAGGAGAGAUAGGUGAACCACCUCUCUAUGUCGGGUUCCCACUUGGCUUUGUUCCACUUCAGUCUCAUUUUGGGGGGAAUGAUUAUCCCUCUCUUCAAGAUUUUCAUUACCUCCGUUUGGACUUGAGAGAUCUUGUCCGGGAAAGUUUUGUUGAGCCGGUGGAACAAGGUGUUGCAAGAGCGUUGCAUUUUACUGGAUCAACUGGUUCAUACCCUGACUCAAAGUUUGAACCUGUAGUUCCAACGCUGCAAGCUGUGCCUGGUCAUUUGGGACGUCCAGGUUUUCACCCGACUCUACCAUUUAACCAGAUCCCUGCGACGGUGUUCCUUCGCUACGUGCAAUUUACUCCUCCGAUGGAGGAUGAGAUUUUACAAUCCCCUAAUUUGAAGAGCUUUGCCAUUAGCAAACUCAAAAGAGCCACCAAGAACUUCCGAUCAGAAGGUAGUUCUGGUCUUGUCUUUAAAGGCUGGAUUGAUAAGAAUACAUUUAGAGCUACCAAACCAGGGACUGGCAUGGUUGUAGCUGUAGAGAGACCAAACCCGCCACAUAGUUUUCACAGUAGUCACCAGGAAUGGUUGGCAGAAAUUAAUUAUUUAGGGCAGCUGUCUCAUCCCAAUAUUGUGAAACUGGUCAGGUACUGUUUAGAGGACGAACAUCAGCUUCUGGUAUAUGAUGAGUUCAUGUUUCCAGGUAGCUUGAAAAAUCAUCUAUUUUCGAGGGCUUCUUACGUCGAACCACUUUCUUGGAACCUCCGUAUGAAGGUUGCUCUUGGCGCUGCAAAGGGACUUGCAUAUCUUCACAGCCCAAAAGCAAGAGUCAUAUAUCGCGUUUUCGAAUCCUCUAAUAUCCUGCUUGAUUCUCUUUCUAUUUCAGAGUCGACCAAGGUUGGGCCACUAGACAAUGAAAUCCAUGUCAUUGGUUAUAAACCUCCUGAAGCGGCCAUAUGUACGGAUGAUGAACUGGCUUAUGCAUCUCCUGAGUAUGUAGACACGGGCCGUGCAACUACCAAAAGUGAUAUAUAUAAUUUUGGGGUUGCUCUCUUCGAGAUUUUGACUGGUGGACGAGCAUUUGACAAGAACCGUCCACCGGGGGAAUGCAGGCUUGUCGAAUUGGUUAAGCCUUACCUAGCCAGCAAAGGCAAAACAGUAGUCCGUGUGAUGGAUGCUCGCAUCGAAGGCCAGUACUCAGUGGAUGCAGCACUAAGAGCAGCUACAAUUGUUAAAGAAUGCCUAGAAACAAAACCGAUGUUGAGGCCAAACAUGGAUGAGGUGGUCAAAGCAUUGGAGCAACUUCAGGAGCCUCACACAACGUGA